AGGGGACGGCUGCCGCCAUGUCGGACCGGCUGGGCAAGCCGAGCUGCCUCAUCGUCGCCAGCGCCGCGGCCGCCGGUGUGUCAGCCCAGUCCUUCCUUCACUGCUUUACCCUGACGAGUUCUGCUUUUAAUCUGCAAGUUGCCACUCCUGGGGGAAAGCCAAUCGAUUUUGUGGAUGUGAAUGAGAGCAACAUGCGCUGGGUCCAGGACUUCCGCAUGAAAUCCUACGCCAGCCCUGCCAAGCUGGAGUCCAUUGAUGGUGCUAGGUACCAUGCAUUGCUGAUUCCAAACUGUCCUGGGGCUAUGACUGACCUUGCAAACAGUGGGUACUUGGCCAAGAUACUGCAGCACUUCAGCACUGAGAACAAGCCCAUCUGUGCAGUUGGACAUGGAGUCGCAGCCUUGUGUUGUGCCACCAAUGAGGAUAAAUCCUGGGUAUUUCAAGGAUACAGCCUGACAGGGCCCUCUGUGUAUGAACUAGUCCGACAGCCUAAUUUUGCCAGUUUGUCCAUUAUUGUGGAAGACUUUGUGAAAGACUCUGGAGCUACAUUCAGUGCCAGCAGUCCGGAUGCUGUGCAUGUUGUACUGGACAGGCACCUGGUGACAGGACAGAACGAGAAUUCCACUCUUCCUGCAGUCCAGAAUCUUCUCAUCCUUUGCAAUGUCAGGUGAAUGUGUGUUAGAAGUCCUUUCCUGGCUGUGGACUAACAGCUCGUGUCAUGUUUGGAUGUGUUUCCUUCAGCAGGAAAUGAAGGAGCAGGUCUCUUUGCAUAGGAUGGAUGAAGAGCCAGCAGGUUAAGGAAUUCUUUGUCUGUGAACUGGAUAAAACAUCCCUCUAAAUUUGUCCUGGACUGUGGAGUAACAGUGUCAGGCUUUGCGUAGAUGGAAAGGAUGAAGGUUGUGACUGAGAACGUUGAAGUACGUCACACUCCAGAAGCAGUGAUGAAACCAUCUUGUGUUUUUGUUGCUGUAUCUUU